AUGGAAUCGUUAAAUAAUUGGAAACCUUUAAUGGGAGAGGAACCAAUCUCCCAUAAUUAUAGAAUUACAACCCCGCUUUUCUUCUCCCCAAUGUCGACUGCCGUACCUCCGCCGCUACCGGCGGUGCUCAUCCCAGCCCUGCCAAACGAUCUGGCGUUGAAUAUUCUAGCUCGAGUACCGAGACAGUACCACCCGAUCCUCUCAGCUGUAUCCAAAUCAAUCAGAUUAGCCAUUUCUUCUACACAGCUGUUCACCCUUAGAUCACUCCUCAACCUCACCGAAACCUUGCUCUAUUUCAAGGUCGGUUCUUUAUUCCUCGACACCGAGAACUGGUUCGCCAUCUAUCAAAAACCAAUCGUCUACGGUCGCAAGAGUCUUCUUCAAUUCGCCCAACUCCUCCAACCGAACCCAAUUCAUUUGGUGGGAUCUGCCCACGCUGUUGUUGGCCCUAACAUUUACGUCAUCGGCGGCACCACCUCGGAUGACGCCAAUGUUGUCAAACCUUCCUCGGACGUGUGGGUGCUCGAUUGCCGCUCUCACACGUGGCAGCGGGGGCCAAGCAUGCGAACGCCACGGUUCGACGCUUCCACCGCCGUAGUGGACGGCAAGAUUUAUGUGAUUGGAGGACGAGCGAACAAUUCAUGGGUCGAAGUGUUUGACCCGGUGGCGGUGGGCGGUGGACGCUGGGAGGACAUUCCAGGCCCACUUGACGGGCGCAUAGAGCUGUUUACGGAUGUAGAAGUUGUGGAUGGUAGAAUCUGUGUCAGGGUAAGCAAUCAAGAGAUUCGGCUCGACCCGAAGACCACGACGUGGGAGGUGACCGGAUAUGAUUUGCCAUAUGGUGGGAGAGAGGAGUGUGUGGUCAAUGGGGUGUUUCAUCGCUGUGAUAAUAGGGGGAAAAUCGAAUGGUAUGAUGACAGGAACAGAGUGUGGAAAGAGCUCAAAGGUGGUGUGACGGAAAUGUUGCCCAAGUACGUUUGUGGUACCAAAUUGGUCAAUUUGAAAGGGAGGCUGGUUAUGAUGUGGGGAGAGGUGAGCUAUGGAAGUUCAGUCAAUGGUGUGGAGAAGAAGAAGAAAAGGAAGAAGGGGGUUGUGAAGUUAUGGUGUGGAGAAAUUGAAGUGAGUAAAAAUGGAGAUUGCAGGGAUUUAUGGGGUGAGCUUGUUCAAAAGGUGUGUUUGCUUCCAGAAGGGAGUUGGGGUUUGGCCGAAAAGAACUUUUAUGAGUCUGUGUUUCUUUUCGAUGGCAUAACUUUGUGUGUUUCUUUGUGAAGUCAUGGUGUUCUAUAUAAAUUCCUAUGAUAUUUGAUAUCGAUAUGAUGUUUCGUACCACUUAUAUACACACACAGUGACAGUGUUAUAGUUGUUUGACUCUCUGUAGAAAUGGGGUAACAAAGCAGAUUCUAAAGACAUAAGAUGAAAAUGGUGAAUUAUCCUUGUA